GGGUUUCACUUUCAGUGGUCUGUAAAACAAGAACUUGUUUCACGAGGUGCAGGGGAGUGGAGGCUUUCGAGAUCCCCAUCAUGAAUUUAAUCAUAAUUUUUCUUUACGGCGUCACAAACCUUGUCACAAGCCAAAGUAAUGAUACUUUUCCUGCAAGGAUCCUGUCCCAGCAGAAAACUAUCAGCGAGAACAGUGACCUUUAUCUAACCUGCAGCACAUUUGGGAAGAAAAGCAUCACAGUUUAUGUUUAUUUAUGCAAGGAAGAGAUUGCAUUUGAUAAGAAAAUGCAGAAACAAGAUCGACAUGACACCACCUUCAUCAUACAGAGAGUGAAACAACACCACAGUGGGAAUUACAGCUGUUUUUACUCCUUAAAAAAUGAUUUACCCAAACAAGCUAGCAUGAGAGGACACAACAUCAUUGAGAUUCUAGUUAUAGCCAAUUUUCUCCCUGGAGAUAUUUCAGUAGCCGGGGCAUCCACUGUCAACGAGGGAGACUAUGUUGAAUUCAGGUGCACUCUUUCGGUCACCCUGCAAACAAUCAGAGAAUGUCAGCUCAUCCACUCGUACCUGUGGAGAAAUGACUCCAUCCUGCAGGUGCAAACAUUUAAUGUCUCAAAGAUGGAGGCUAUUUUCACCAUCCAGGGCGCAGCCAUGAGAGAUUCAGGACAUUACAGCUGUGUGGUGCUCCCAUCUACAUGCACCAAGAAGCAUGAGGAGAUCUAUGGAAACAAUGCUGUAAUCCUAGAGGUCAAAGGGAGUCUCUUCUUCCAAGUGCUUAUCUCUGCUGGAGUGAUAAGCCUGAUUGUAUCUCUGGGUCUGGGUCUCUGUCUUGGUUUGUGGUGGAUCAACAAACAAGGAUCAGCCUCAGCUUUGUGCAACCUUAGUGCACAGAUACAGCAGGAGCAGCAGGCAGAAGCAGACAAUAUGGAAACAGAGGAUGAUGAAUCUUUCAGCACGGAGGAUGAGGAGGAACAACAGUAAGUAAUCUCAUCAAUUUUGAUUAAGAAAAAUGUUUACCCCAGUGCCUUUUAAUAAAUUAGAUUUUUUUUAAAUCUGUUAUAUUUGAAUGUUUAGACAGAGUGACUUGUUAGAAAACUUUUACAGUUCAUCUUGCUUUAUUAUUAUUAUAACUUUUAUUAUUGUUGUUAUCUAUUUGCAACAUUUUGUCAGGUAUCAGAAUGGCAUGGUGGCUGAGGAAGCUGACAUCUCGGACCCUGAAGAGUAUGAUGACUUGUACAGUGUUGUAGAUGAAGGACCCCCGAGACAGGAUUUGUAUUCCAAGUCCAUCAAACUGAACAAAUUCCAGCAUUGAUUAAAUUUCACUUCAGUGCAUCAUUAUACAACCUGUUUGUUCUGUUUCUGUGUAAUCUGUGUUGUAAGGGUGAGGGUUUUAUUUUCUGCCUUCAUUUCUUUCAUUUUAAAUAAAUGAAUGAAUGUGUUAUGUGGAAUAUUAAACAGCUUUGUCAUAGUCUAGUCUAUCAAAACAGAAAAUAAAGCUGAUUAGCUCAUGUCAAAUUUAAACAUGGAUCCUUUUUUUUCAUUAAACCGACUUAUAAACCUUUAUAUCAGUUGAAUUAAAAGAAUGGCGUCUGCUGUAUUGAACUAUAAGUGCUUGAUAAAAUAUACAGAAGUUUAUCAUUUGAGAGAAAGAGAAUGACUAGAAGAAGAAAAUGUGUUUUGCUUUGUAUUGAACAACAUGGAAAGCAGAUUGUAACACUUGACACGUGUUAUCAGACACAUAUGUUGUUGGUUGUAUCCUUUGUCUAUUCAUGUAAAUAUUAUGCUUACAGAAAUAAAUCAUAUUUUUCUGCUGA